ACUCUCGUUAAAACAAAAACGCACUGUAAUGCAAUACAUAAGGUACACAAGCGCAGCCGUUUUCUAAAACCCUAGAUACUAUCUUUCUCUGCUCUCUCAUCCAAAUCCUUCCGGCGACUCUCGUUCCCUUUCGAUGGAACAACCACCUUCAGACCCUCCGGCCACCGGUGCCGGCGAAACCAUCAGCAAAAAUGCACUGAAGCGUGAACUCAAGAACAAACAGAGAGAAGAGGAAAAGAAGAAAAAGGAAGAAGCUAAAAAGGCUGCUGCAUUGGAAAAGGCUAAAGAGAACAAGUCUGCACCACCUAAUGACGAAGAUAUCGAUCCAACGCAAUACUUGAAGAAUAGGCUGAAUUAUCUUGAAAAUGAAAAGAAAGAAGGGAAAAACCCUUAUCCACACAAAUUCCUUGUCACUUUGUCUAUUCAAGAAUAUAUCAAGAAAUAUGAAAGUUUGAAAGAUGGACAACACCAGGAAGAUGUUUCUGUAUCUUUGGCUGGUCGAAUCAUGCACAAACGUGCCUCUGGGGUAAAGCUUGUCUUCUAUGAUCUGCAUGGUGGUGGUUUUAAGGUUCAGGUUAUGGCUGAUGCGAGUAAAUCGGACUUGGAUGAGGCUGAGUUUUCCAAAUUCCAUUCUAAUGUGAAGCGUGGUGAUAUUGUUGGCAUCACAGGGUUUCCAGGCAAAAGCAAGAAGGGAGAGCUUAGUAUUUUCCCCAAAACUUUUGUGGUGCUGUCUCAUUGUCUUCAUAUGUUGCCAAGACAAAUAUCCGCUCCUGCUGCUGAAAAUACAAAUGUGAAGAAAGAUGCAUGGGUACCAGGCAGUACCAGGAAUCCUGAAGCAUACAUUUUGAAAGAUCAGGAAACAAGAUAUCGGCUACGCCAUUUGGAUUUGAUGCUUAAUCCAGAGGUUCGAGAAAUAUUCAAGACAAGGUCUAGAAUAAUUUCUUACAUUAGGAAGUUCCUGGACAAUCUUGAUUUCUUGGAGGUUGAAACACCUAUGAUGAACAUGAUUGCUGGUGGUGCUACUGCUAAACCAUUUACAACUCAUCAUAACGAGCUUAACAUGGGAUUAUUCAUGAGAAUUGCUCCAGAACUCUAUCUCAAGGAGUUGGUGGUUGGUGGGCUGGACCGUGUUUAUGAAAUUGGGAAACAAUUUAGGAAUGAGGGUAUAGAUUUGACACAUAAUCCAGAGUUUACUACCUGUGAGUUCUAUAUGGCUUAUAUGGACUACAAUGACGUAAUGGAGAUAACAGAGAAAAUGUUGAGUGGUAUGGUCCAUGAACUUACAAAAGGCAGCUAUAAAAUCCAGUAUCAUGCAGAUGGGACUGAUAAGGAUCCUAUUGAAAUAGACUUUACUCCACCAUUCAGAAGGAUUGACAUGAUUGAAGGAUUAGAGGAGAUUGCAGGCCUCAAUAUUCCGAAAGACUUGGCGAGCGAUGAAGCUAAUCAAUAUCUGAGGGAUGCAUGCAAGAAGUAUGAAAUCACAUGUCCCCCUCCCGAAACAACUGCUCGUUUGUUGGAUAAGCUUGUGGGGCACUUUUUGGAGGAAACAUGUGUCAAUCCUACAUUCAUCAUAAAUCAACCUGAAAUAAUGAGUCCUUUGGCUAAGUGGCACAGAUCCAGACCAGGCCUGACUGAACGUUUUGAAUUGUUUGUUAACAAACAUGAGGUUUGCAACGCGUAUACUGAAUUGAAUGACCCUGUGGUACAAAGACAAAGAUUUGCUGAGCAACUCAAGGAUCGGCAAUCAGGUGAUGAUGAAGCAAUGCUCAUAGAUGAAACAUUUUGUACCGCUUUGGAGUAUGGUUUGCCACCAACUGGUGGUUGGGGUUUGGGUAUCGAUCGGUUGACCAUGUUAUUGACCGAUUCACAAAAUAUCAAGGAGGUUCUUCUCUUCCCUGCCAUGAAACCUCAAGCUUGAGUCCCAGUUUAUAUCAUUUACAGGUAUACAAGAUAUGCAAGAUUAUUAAGUUCUGAGCUCAGUUUUGAUCUGUGUACUUGGUCCUUAGUCUUUUUGUAUUGGUUGUUCAUCUACCCUUAUGGGAGGGCUUGGAAGCUUGCUAUUCUAUACCUUAUAUCUUUUUUUUGAAUUUCUGUUUUGGUUCUAUAAUCUGUUGGUGAUUAGAUUAACUAGUUUCAUAUACGGUCUUAUUUAAUAUACUUUUGAGAAAUAACAAUUGAGAAGUAAACCUCCGUUAACUAA